CCCCGGCAAAGGAGUACGUAGACACAGGAUGAGUACUCCGGAGUAUAGUACAUCUUCGUCCCCCCUGGUGCCUUGAUCUUCUUUUUAUCUUCUCCUCAUUCUGUUUCUCUUCCCUAUUCUCCCUCUUUCCUUUCUUCAACUUUACUCUUCUGUAUAGCCCCCUGUGCUUUCUUAGUCGUCGGAUGGUUUUUCCAUCUCCAACAGCCGCCCAGUGUGUUUCUUUGCUGUCAUCCCACGAUCAUCGUCCCUCGAUCGGCUCUCAGUUGUGUGGGUGGCUUUAUUAUCUCCUCUUUCUUCUCUUUUUCUUCCUUUAUUCUUCUCUUUUUUUCAUCUCUCCCCUCCUUCCACCUCCCUUCUAUUCUUUUGUCUCUCACCUUUCUAUCCUGAGAGAUGCUCUUCUUUACUUAGUCUCACUCCUUUCUUUCUGUUCUUCUCUCCCUUCAUACUCGUUCCCUGUCGGCCCUUGCAUCGUCGGGCUCUCGGUUAAAUCUCGUCAUCGUCAUCAGCCUCAUCGUCUUUUAUCAUCAACAGAUCUCACCAAAAAUUCAACAUUCCUUCGUCUCUGCAAAGCAUUUUUUUCUUUGCCUUCUUCCCCUCCCCCUCUUUCGGGGCGAAUAAGAUACAACUAAACUCGUUUAUCUGUAAUCUCGGUUUUUUUUUUUUUUUUUUUUUUUUUUUUC